UCUACUAGCUGGUCCAUUCAUUGUUUUCACUGUUCUCAGUGUCCGCGUCACUGGCGUGAUUCCAAUUUACUGUUCGUGUUUUUUUUUCUCAUUCAAUAUUUUUAACGGCAACAGCGACUGAGCGUACUGGCGGUUGACGUUGUACAAGCAGCCAUAUCAGAUUUCUGCGGCAUCACCGAUAUUCUUGUCUCUAGUCGGUGAUUUUUAGUGCUGGUGGACGUGAACUGAGCGUCGACAAUGGAUGUCCCCGAGAAGAAAAAUGAGGGUUCUAGAUCCCGCUCUAGAUCCCGAUCCUUUUCCAAACGAAACCGCAGCAGCUCACAGAGAAAUCGCAAGUCUUGCAGUCGGUCACCAAUCAAUGAUUUUAAGUCACGUUCCAAAUCAUCGUUUCGAUCACGCAGCCGCAGUAGUUGUAAUUACAAGAGCCGAUCGACGUAUUCACGCUCCAGGUCAAGUUCGUAUUCUAGUAAUGGUCGCCGCAGUUUUCGCAGCCGCUCUCGAAUCAGAUCCUUGGACAAGAGUAAUAGAUGUCUAGGUAUAUUUGGUCUAGAUUGUAACACUAACGAACAUCAACUCCACAGAGUAUUUAGUAAAUACGGUACUAUUGAUAGCAUCAAUAUUGUUAUGGAUGCUAAAAGCGGAAAGUCUCGAGGUUUUGGUUUUGCGUAUUUCAAAUACAUCGAUGAUGCAAGGAAGGCUAAAGAAAAAUGUUCAGGCAUGGUAAUUGAUGGCCAGAGAAUUCGAAUUGAUUUUUCGUUUAGUCCACGUAAUGAUAGUUUAACACGCGGCGUUUAUGUGGGCAGAAAUAUAAUGAAAAAAGAUAGUGUUGAUAGAUAUCACCACGGUGAACAUUUUGAUAGAUAUAAUCAAGAUAAAAAUGACGACUGUGUGCAUGAAAGAUACAGAAAUGAAAAAAGAAGAUAUGAAGACAGAGAAAGAAGAUCAUCAUCGUUUAAAUACAAAUAUCUCCAUGUUAGGUCAAAUUCACGCUCUUUGUCACCCUGUCGCUAUGCAUAAAUUAACUGGAAUAUCAUCAACAAAAAAUUUUUUUAUGUAGGAAUUUAACAUACAUAAUUUUUAUUGCUCAAUUUAAUAUUUACCACUUAGUAACAAAUUAAUGCAAUAAUUAUACAAUCAGUACUAUUAAGUUAUCAACUCCUUAUAUUUUUUCAUAAUAGCUAUAAGGUUUUUUAUUGCAAAUUAUCAAAGCUGGGCAAUAUUUAGUCAGGUUAGUAGGUUACUUUUUAAGUUACUAAAGCAGUGAUUUCCAACGUGGGCGCUACUGCUCCCUUGUGGGCAUUUUUUAAUUUGAGGGGGCGCUCAUCUUUCAUUUACAUAUUUAAUGUUUAUAAUAUAACUGAUUGCAAUGAAAUGUAUAACUGCGUAGAAUAAAAACUAAUUUAAAAUACCAAAUGUAAUAUACAGAAUUAUGUAGAUAUAAUAUUUAUGAAUACUUAAAUAACAUCUAUCUCAGAGCAGUCAUUAGUCAGAUUAGUAUUUUUAUUUUAGUAACUAAAGUAAUUCUAAUUUAUAAUACCGUCAAACUAAUGCAGCGCUGAAUUUGCUAGAUAUCGGCCCACAGCUACUUUACAGUUUAAAUAAUCUAAAUCAAUUAUAUUUUCUACCUAUGUUUGUACUAAUUUAUUACAAAAAUAAAAAAAUACGACCAAACACUAAAAACCAGCCCAUAUUUUGAGCGGCCCACCGAGUUUUCCUCGUUAGCUCGCCAGACCAAUCCGACCCUGAACUAAUGUAUUAGGUUUUCACUUUAAAAAAUGAGCAUUUAAUCUAAAUAAAAGUAAUUUCUAACUUAAGUUAUGAACUGUAUCAAUUAACAUUUUUUCUAAUUUAAUUUGUAAAGAUUGGAAGUUAUUGGAGUUUAAUUUUGUGUUCUAUAUGCUUCAUCUUAUAGCAGACCUAGCUAGAAAUCUUAACUACAGGGUGAUUCUUUUAUCAUAAUUAAGGCUGGGAUUUAUAUGUAAUAAAAAACCAAAAAUAUGUACAUAUAAAUAUAAUUAAAAUGACCA